UUAAACAGAGCAUUUGAGAGUAGCUGCCUACGUUCAUGAUUUUGUUUUGUCUAGGGCUGAAAAAGAAGCUGCAGGCUGUCUCCCGGUCACGGGGCUGCGGUGUGAUUGAGAAGUGGGAGACCUCCAUCAUUAACCACUUCUACUUUUCGGUGAGGAUAGCUGCAGCAAGAGUGAUGACCGCUGAAAGAAGAGGCGAGCUCGCGGUAGCCAUCUGGCUGUCGCUCCUCAACCACAUUCAGAACAAGCACUGUGGCCACAGCAAGGAAUAUGCCAACUGCGAGCAUGGGGACCUCUUGCCUAGAAAGUGGAUUUUUCCAGGUACUGAUGCCUUUGACAAACUGCGCGGCAUAGUGGAAAAUAAUCGCCUGCUUCUAGACAUCAAGCAGGUGUCACCAUCAUUCCAAACAUCAAGUUUGGAAUCCUUCCAUUCUGUCCUGAACCGGUUUGCUCCAAAGAGCUUCACAUUUUCUUUUCAUGGGAUGCUGGCAAGGUCAAAACUGGCUGCUUUGCACUAUAAUGAAAAUGCGGACAGGGUGCAACACAGAACUACUGUGGGCAAGCGGCAGUGGGCAGUGAAGUACCCAAAAGCAAGAAAAGGCAAGCCAGUGGCAUGCCCAGUCAAAGAGCCUGCAACUUUUGGUUAUGUUGGGCUUCUUCUUGAAAUCGUGAACGAGGUUGUCGACAGUGGCAGUUUCGGUGAUUCGCACGUCACAACUUUGCCUACGCCACCGCCACUUACAAGCUCUUUUGGACCAGUGGACAAGGCUGCGCUAGUGCGGGGUCACCUUUCAAGGUUUGCGUCCAGUGAAGACCGACCUAGGCACACAGAAGACUCGAGUGACGACAGUGCGUGA